UGACUGAACACACCCACUUGCACUCUGAGCUCUCAGUAAAAGUGUUUCACACACUGCUACUUUUCAUUCAGUCCUGUCAGGCAAAACAGCUGUGUCUCAAACCACUCUUUACUCCUCACACCUGGACUUUACACUCCACUCAGCCAUGUCUCUCUACCACAAGGAGUUUGAGAAGGCAGGUAAAACCACUGGCCUUCAGAUCUGGAGGAUUGAGAAGAUGGAGCUGGCUCCAGUGCCAGACGGCCUGCAUGGGAGUUUCUAUGUCGGUGAUGCCUACCUAGUCCUCCAUACUGUCAAACAGAAGAACAGUUGCUUCUUUGAUUUGCACUACUGGCUGGGUAAGGAGUGCAGUCAGGAUGAGAGCACUGCUGCAGCUAUCUUCACAGUGCAGAUGGAUGAUUAUCUGGGAGGUAAACCAGUUCAGUACCGUGAACUCCAGGGUUGUGAAUCCACUGCUUUCACCAGUUACUUCAAAGGAGGGAUCACAUACAAAGCAGGUGGUGUGGUGUCAGGGUUCCAGCACGUGGUCACCAAUGACCUCAGCGCCAAGAGGCUCUUCCAUAUCAAGGGCCGUCGUGUGGUCAGGGCCACAGAAGUGACUUUGAACUGGUCCAGCUUCAACAAGGGUGACUGCUUUAUAGUGGACCUGGGUGCGGUCAUUUACCAAUGGUGUGGGUCCAUGUGCAACAAAUUUGAACGGCUGAAAGCAGCGCAGGUGGCCAGAGGCAUUCGUGAUAAUGAACGUAAUGGCAGAGCUCAGGUGGUGGUUAUAGAAGAGGGAAGUGAACCCCAUCAGCUGACUGAGGUGCUAGGUGCUAAACCAGAUCUAGCAGCUGGUGAUGAUAAUGAUGACAUAGCAGCUGAUAUAUCAAACAGGAAAAUUGCUAAACUUUACAUGGUAUCUGAUGCUACUGGAAAAAUGCAAGUGUCCCUCAUAUCUGAGGAGAAUCCGUUCUCUCAAACUCACCUGUUGUCUGAUGAGUGCUUUAUCCUGGAUCAUGGCAAAAGCAAGAUGAUCUUUGUGUGGAAAGGCCGCAAUGCAAACCCCAGUGAAAGAAAAGCAGCCAUGAAGACAGCUGAGGGUUUCAUCCAACAGAUGGGAUAUCCUGCAAAUACACAGAUUCAGGUUCUUCCAGAGGGAGGCGAGACAGCCAUCUUUAAGCAGUUCUUUAUGAACUGGAAGGACAAGGACCAGAGUGAAGGGUUGGGCAGGGUCUUCGUCACCGAGCAAAUUGCUAGAAUCCAGCAGGUGGAGUUUGAUGCUUCCAAGCUGCACGAGUCUCGCCAAAUGGCAGCACAGUACAACAUGGUGGAUGAUGGCUCUGGAGAAACACAGAUUUGGAGAGUAGAAACUGGAAAUAAAGAAGGGAACAAAGUCCCCAUAGACCCAGAGACAUACGGACAGUUCUAUGGAGGGGAUUGCUAUAUAAUUUUAUACACAUAUAAAAGAGGCCAAAUCAUCUACACCUGGCAGGGAUCUAGCAGCACAGUUGAUGAGCUGACAGCAUCAGCCUUCCUCACUGUGGAACUGGACAAGUCGCUGGGUGGAAAUGCUGUUCAGGUGAGAGUGACCCAGGGGAAGGAGCCAGCACAUUUGCUAAGUCUGUUCAAGACCAAGCCUCUGGUUGUUUACAAGAAUGGGACAUCUAGGAAGGGGUCGCAGGAGCCUCCACCAUCAACUCGCCUCUUUCAAGUGCGCAGAAACCUGGGUAGCAUCACUCGAAUCGCUGAGGUUGAUGCUGCAGCAUCCAGUUUGAAUUCGAAUGAUGCCUACCUACUGAAAAUGCCUAAAGGAAAUGCAUAUAUGUGGGUAGGAAAAGGGGCAAGUAAGGAAGAGGAACGUGGAGCAGAAUAUAUGAGUGAGCUACUGCCGUGUAAGAUCCAGCACAUUACUGAGGGACAAGAGCCAGCGGAUUUCUGGGACACUCUUGGAGGAAAGACAGAGUACCAGACAUCACAGAGGCUGGAGAGCAAAAGUUCUACACAGUCACCUCGCCUCUUUGCCUGCUCCAACAAAACAGGACGAUUUGUUAUUGAAGAAGUGCCUGGUGAGUUCAACCAGGAUGACCUGGCAGAGGAUGAUGUCAUGCUACUGGAUGUCUUGGACCAGGUGUUUAUCUGGAUUGGAAAAGAUGCCAAUGAAAUUGAAAAAACAGAGUCUGUAAAAUCUGCUAAGGCGUAUAUUGACACAGACCCAUCAGGACGUGAUAAGGGAACACCUGUGGUGAUUGUGAAACAAGGCCAUGAGCCCCCUACAUUCACAGGCUGGUUCCUGGCCUGGGACCCUUCCAAGUGGCAAACAGCCUAGGAGGACAGAAUGAAGACACAGCAGGUCUACUAACGAUGGCAUACAGCUCAGGGAAAUUAUGACAGGUUUACACCUUGGGGGAGACACCAAAUGGGCUUAAAACCACAUACUACCAUAGUAAAUGUUAAAACAGUUCACAAGCAUUGGGUAAUAUACAGUAGUCAUUGAUGAAAUAUUUUAACAUACACUUUAGUAUAGUAGUAUGUGGUUGCCAUGUUACAAGUUGCCAUGUUCAUCUAAUUUAAAAUUUUAUAUUGUGUUAAUAGAUUAUAGGUGCAAUAGGCCAUACUAUAGAAGAAUACUGAAUUACUAUUAAAUAUAUUUCUAAAAAAUUACAACCAUAUCUGUCAGACUACAACAAUUAAACAUGUUUAAUUUUGACAUGUUUCCUGUUUCUGUAAAAUUUAUUUAAAACUUCUGUACAAAAUAAAAAG